AUGGCAUCACAAUUUGUUUUGUUAUUAGGAUUAUUGGCAAUAACUUGUCCGGUUGCUUUUGCAUUUGAUAAUAGUCCUCUUCAAGAUUUCUGUGUCGCAGACAAUAGUAGUUCAGUGCUAGUGAAUGGUUUGGUGUGCAAGGAUCCGAAGCUUGUACAAGCCAACGAUUUCUUAUUUAGAGGGCUACAUUUACCAGGCAAUACAUCGAAUGCAGUUGGAUCGAAGGUGAAUUUAGUAAAUGUUGGACAAUUUCCAGGGCUUAACACUUUUGGCAUUUCCAUGGCCCGCGUUGACUAUGCACCAUUGGGUAUCAACCCUCCCCACAUACAUCCUAGGGCCACUGAAAUUUGGACUGUUAUUGAAGGGAGCCUACAAGUAGGGUUUGUUACCUCCAACCCAGAAAAUCGUUUCAUCACAAAGCUACUUCAGAAGGGUGAUGUGUUUAUAUUCCCGAUGGGUCUUAUCCAUUUCCUGCGUAAUGUUGGACAUGGUAAUGCAGUAGCCAUUUCAGCACUUAGUAGCCAAAAUCCAGGUAUUAUUACCAUUGAAAAUGCUGUCUUUGGGUCAAAACCUACAGUCUCCAGUGAUCUUCUCUCAAAGGCCUUCCAAGUGGAUAAGAAUAUAAUUGUUCGCAUGCAGUCUCAAUUCUAA